CAGAUAAACUCAGAAUCGUGCUGUUUGGAGACCGUGAACAGGACAAGAUAACUCUAUGUAACUUCAUCACCAGAGAAGAAGCUUCUAUAUCUCAGAGAGACUCAGAGAGGAUGAACUGUGAGACCACUGAAGGAGAGUGGAGAGGAAAACCAUUAACAGUGGUGAAAGCUCCAGACAUGUUCAGUCUGAAUGAGAAGACCAUGAGAGAAGAGGUGAAGAAGUGUGAGACUCUUUGUUCUCCUGGACCAAAUGUUCUGCUGCUGUUAGUGAAACCUUCUGAUUUCACUGAGGAGAACAGACGAACACUGAAGUUCAUCCUGAGUCUGUUUGGUCCAGAUGCUUUUAAACACUCGAUGGUCGUCAUAACACAUGAUGGGACGGAAACAAAUGUCUCUGUUAGUCAGCUGCUUCGAGACUGUGGAGGAAGACUCUACAACAUGUUUGAAGAUAAACACCAACUGUUGAUGGAGAAGAUUGAGAACAUUGUGCGUGAAAACAAAGAAACCUUCCUCACCUUCUCUGAAGAGCCUGAACACAUGAAACCAGCUUUAAACCUGGUUCUGUGUGGGAGGAGAGGAGCAGGGAAGACUUCAGCAGCCGAGGCCAUUUUAGGUCAGACAGAGCUUCAUUCAGUCUCCAGCUCAUCAGAGUGUGUUAAACAUCAGGGAGAGGUGAGAGGACGUCAGGUUUCCCUGGUGGAGCUUCCUGCCUUGUAUGGAAAACCUCAGGAGGAAGUGAUGAAGGAAUCGUUCAGGUGUAUCUCCCUCUGUGAUCCUGAGGGCGUCCAUGCCUUCAUCCUGGUCCUACCUGUGGGUCCCCUCACUGAUGAAGACAAGAAAGAGUUAGAGACCAUCCAGAACUCAUUCAGCUCUCCAGUCAAUGACUUCACCAUGAUUCUGUUCACUGUGGAGUCAGAUCCUGCAGCUCCAGCUGUUGUUGACUUUAUAAGAAAGAGCAGAGACAUCCAGGAGCUGCUUCAGAGCUGUGGAGUGAGCUGUUGGAGGCUGUGGACAAGAUGA